AUGAUAUUGAAUAGGUGGACAGCAUUUGGAACGAAACCUGUUCCAUCAAAAGAAGCCAUCGGUACAAAAUUGCUGAAAUUAUCAUGUGAAUGCCAAUUUAUUGAAUAUCUGGAUACCGUUGAAAAUGGACAGUUGAAUGAACAGAAAAGCAUAUGCGAAAGCGUGUCCAGUCAAAGAUGCGGAUGUUAAAAUAUUGGAAAUUUUUACAAAAUCAGAAGAAGAUUCAAUACCGAUAGAUUUUGAUCCGGAUUUUAUUUUGUGUUCCAUAAUGAGCCAAAGAAUUAUGGAGCCAAUGUAUCCGGAGUAUAGAAAGAUUGCAACAAUUACAUCAAUUAUUGGAAUAUCAUCUCGACCGGAAUGGUACACUUCGUCGACCUGGUCGCUUUCAAAAGGAGAUUUCACUGCGAAUUCCUGAUGAAAUUGCUCGAUUGGAUAUACUCCAGAAAAUAUGUCGAGUGAAAUUGGCGGAGGAUGCGAGUCUGAGAGAAAUCGCUCGUAUUACCCCUGGUUUUCUCGGAGUUGACUUGCAUGCUUUGAUUGCGGAAGCCGCAAAAAUUCGACUCGAGCGUCUUAUUGGAGUGACUAAAACGACAAAGAGAAAUUUGGGAGUUAAACAAGUCGAUGAAAAACUAGAUAAAGGUACAGUGAUAGUUGUAUUUUGAAGAAUUUCAUUUUUGAUUUUCAGUUGUCAAAUGGUUGAAGGCAAAUGACGAUCCAUCAGAAUUUGAUAGUAUUUCGGGAGGUCAUGUUGUUUCGCUUGAAGAUUUCCAAAUUGCUCACGGGAGAAUUCAGCCAACUAUGAAACACGGUGGGUUUGCGAAUGUUUCGAAAAUCAAGUGGAGUGAUAUUGGAUCACUUCGGCAGCAACUGGAAUUGUCUAUAUUAAACCCGAUAGCCGGAUGACUAUGCUAAACUUGGAAUCAAAAUCAAAGCAGAAGGAAUUUUACUGUGCGGACCUCCGGGAAGUGGAAAAACCACAAUCGCUAAAGCCAUUGCGAAUGAAACCGGUAUCUCGUUUUUGAGUGUUAAAGGACCCGAAUUGUUGAAUGCAUAUAUUGGUGAGAGUGAAAAAGCCGUUAGAAAUCUAUUUCAAAAGGCCAGACAGUGCCAGCCUUCUAUAAUAUUUUUUGAUGAGAACGAUUCGUUGUGUCCGAAAAGAUCGCAAAAUGAAAACGGUGGAACAAAAAUUGUGAAUCAAUUAUUAACGGAAAUGGAUGGAAUAGAAGGCAGAGAUAUGGUAUCUUUGAUAGGCGCCACCAACAGACCUGAUGUAUUGGAUCCAGCUGUUUUGAGAACCGGAAGAUUCGGAAAAAUAUUAUUCGUUGGUUUUCCAAAUGCUGCAGAACGCGCAGAUAUUAUGCGAAAAAUUAGCAAGGUAAUUUUUGGGAAAGUGGGAUGGUCAUACAUGAACUAGUCGCUCCGGGGACUCUCGAGUUAACCCCCCCCCUUCCAGGGAAAAUUUUCGAAAAGUUAACCCCCUAACUCAUUUUUUGCUGAUUUUUUAUCACAAAAAGCAUAAAACACCCUAACAUUUUCAAAAGUUAAGCCCCUACCUCUAAAAAUCCACCAGAAGUUAACCUCCGAAUUUGGAACUUUAUUUCACACAUUUCAAAUAAUUUUCCACUAAUACUCCAGAUGUCGGAAAAAAUCCCAACAUUAAAAUAAUAUAUUUGCUUAUUUUUCUACCUACGAUAAUAUUUAUUAUUUUUCCAGGGAGGUCAAGAGCCAAAAAUGGAUAAUGAUGUGGAUUUUGAGGAAAUUUCACAAUGGGAGAAGUUGAAUGGUUUUGUGUUAGUUUUUUUUUGAAUAAUGAUUAUUUAUCCCAAUGACAAUUGCUUUGUUUUCAGAGGAUCCGAUUUGAAUGAAUCAAUCACCGAAGCCUCUUUAAUCGCUCUCCAACAAAGGAUCAAUCAAAAAGAUGAGACAGUGUGCGAAGAGCUGAUUCAUCCAAGCUCUUCCGCGAAUUCGACCAACAGUCAAUAA